AUGCCUCCUCCUGGUGGGCGUGCUUUCCCACCAGACCUAGUUCCAGGCAAGGGGCCUAGGAACAAUGGGGCUCAACCGCCGGCAAAUCUAGGUGACCCGGGCAUGUACGGCGAAUCCUACCAGACCCAGCCUCCGACAGGGACUUGUAGGCGAUGCGGGGAACCCCUCCAGGGCCAGUUCGUGCGGGCGUUGGGCGGCACAUUUCACCUGGAGUGCUUCCAGUGCAGUGACUGUGGCGAUGUUGUCGCAUCGAAAUUCUUCCCGGUGGACGCUGAGGAUGGCUCUGGCCAAUACCCUCUUUGUGAGACGGAUUACUUUCGACGUCUAAAUCUACUCUGCUAUGAUUGUGGUGGUGCGCUCCGUGGGUCAUAUAUUACCGCUCUGGAUCGCAAAUACCACAUCGAACAUUUUACUUGUUCCGCUUGUCCAACCGUCUUCGGAGCACAGGAUAGUUACUAUGAACAUGAGGACAAAGUAUACUGUCAUUAUCAUUAUUCAACACAGUUCGCCCAAAGGUGCAAUGGGUGCCAUACGGCAAUCUUGAAGCAAUUCGUCGAGAUCUUCCGCAACGGCCAGAAUCAACACUGGCACCCGGAAUGCUAUAUGAUCCACAAGUUCUGGAACGUCCGGCUUGCGCCCAACGGGCAGGAGUUUGUGCGUCCAGAGUUGGAUAUCGAGGCUACCGAAGAAGAUCGCAACUUUGUCAAAAAGCAAGAGGAUAAGAUGGAAGAGAAGGUGUACCGGAUAUGGAGCGUGCUGUCUACAUUCGAAGAGUCUUCCGCUGCUUGCAUCUCCGACAUGUUAUUACAUGUCAGUAAUGGCGCGUACAUCGAUGGUGUUGUUGUUGCGAAAAACUUCAUCUACCAUGUUGAGGUUCUGUUUAAGGCUUUGGAUGGACUUGCUGCUGCGAUAUCAUAUCGAAAGAUGAAAGAUCUGCAAUACGGUCGAGAAGCCAAACUCCUGUGCAAAAAAAUUGUCGCAUUUUUUGCAUUGCUCUCCAAAACUCAAGAGACGGGUGUUCGUAAACUUGGUGUCACGCAAGAGUUGCUGGCCCUUGUAACGGGGCUUGCCCACUACCUAAAGCUUCUAAUCCGUAUCGGUCUACAGGGUGCUUUGAAGUUAGAAAGGGAGAUCGACAACCCGGACGAAUUAUACGCAUUCCUAGAUAAACUGGACAGCCUGGGUGAAUUAGAUUCCAUCUCCGCCUCCAAUCUCACAGAUUCUAUGAACCAACUCUCCGACCAACAGUCCGAUUGCUGUGCUGCCUGCAACGACCCAAUCGAUGAUGAAUGCAUCAUCCUCGGCCGGCGAAGGUGGCAUUUGAAACCUUCGCAUCUCGUUUGCGGCGCUUGUCAGAAUGACCUCACUCUGGACCUGCUCAAUGCGCGGUGGAGCGAGGAAAAGGAUCGGCCAUUCUGUCGCAUAUGUGCUGAACGGGGAGGCCACGCGCCGAAUGGACAAAAAGGGUUUGCUUAUGUUAGCAAACUGCAGCAGUAUGUAUUCUUGCUGCAGGUGGCUCUUGCGAGACUGCUUUCGGUUUUACGGUCUGGUGGGACUCUGCCGCAUACCUCAGACGAUCCAAACCUGAAAAGCUACGAAGCGAACGAUGGCCACCGUCUGAACGACGCGGGAGAACUCCAGACACCCCAGAGAUCAAAUACCCGAUCGAGAUCGUACGGGGCAGGCGGUGCACGGGACGAGAACGCCGGUUCAUCGUCGUUAGAACAAACCGUCGGCGAAAUUCGAAGACUCCACUCAACCCGCACAGAACGCACUCUCUCCACAAUAUAUAAGAAAGCCCACGCUUCACGAAUCAUUGACGGGCCUCAGGGAAGAUCUGCACGCCCCGGUUCCCCAGGUGCCAGCGGGUCUGAAACGAACAAUCCAGGUUUCCAGAUUGUCGAAGAACGAGAUGCUACUGGCGAGCCAAUUAAAGACCUGACAUUUGGAAACCAGGACGCGCUGACGCUGGAUGAUAUCCCAAGAAUCGUCGCAGCUGAGCAAGCUAAGGAGCAGCGGCCUAAUGCGUUCCGCCAUGCUGGAACUAAUCUUGUUACCUCCGGAGGCCGACCUCCCAAACUAGUCAAUGGACACCAAAGGGAAGUAUCCGGCCUCGCCGACACCCGUGGCGACACCGGCGCGCCUAGAACCACAAAGUAUUUCUCCGAAUUAUCUGCGCUGGAGUACUUUAUUGUCCGACACGUUGCCGUCUUGUCCAUGGAGCCACUUCUAGAAGGACACUUCAAUCUGGAAGAACUCCUGGGUCUCAUUGAGUCGCGCAAACCUACGAUCUGGAACAUCUUCGGCCGCGCGUUUAAGAACGAUGGCCGCAAAGGUGGGAAGAAGAAAGGCGUCUUCGGCGUCGGCUUAGACGCACUGAUCGAGAAAGAUGGGACGGAGUCAACGCAUGGUGUUGGUCCGGGCACGUUGCGUAUACCGACGUUCGUUGACGAUGCGAUUUCCGCUAUGCGACAAAUGGACAUGUCUGUCGAGGGAGUGUUUCGGAAGAAUGGUAAUAUCAAGCGUCUGAAGGAGACAUCGGAUAUUGUCGAUACGAAGUAUGAGCAGGCGGAUUUCAAUAAAGAGAAUCCGGUGCAGAUUGCUGCGCUGCUCAAGAAGUUUUUGAGGGAGAUGCCGGACCCGUUGCUUACGUUUAAGUUACAUCGGUUGUUCCUUGUUUCUCAGAAAAUAUCCGAUCCCGAAAAUCAACGGCGUGUUCUGCACUUAACUUGUUGUCUACUCCCAAAGACACACAGGGAUACCAUGGAGGUCCUCUUUUCAUUCCUCCACUGGGCCUCCUCGUUCUCUCAUGUCGAUGAAGAAUCUGGUAGCAAAAUGGAUAUCCACAACAUCGCGACCGUCAUGACUCCUAAUAUUCUCUACUCGAGAGAGAAAACAGCGGGGAUGGAGGAUAGCUUCCUGGCGAUAGAAGCUGUCACCGCAUUGAUAGAGUACAAUGAUACGAUGUGUGAGGUCCCAGCACAUCUCCAAUCCGUCCUAACGGACUCAUCCCUCUUCAACGGGAGCGCAGAAAUAACGACCAAGGAAAUCCUCAAACGGUACGGCGGUGACCUCAGCAAAAUUGCAACCCCGCAACGCGCACCACCCACUGCGGAAGGCACUCCGGUCCGCACCGGUUCGGGCCGUGCGGUCAACCCACCCCUCGCCACACGCAUUGACACGGAUCCUUCCCAAGCCAAUGCGCGGCAGAUGCAAACAUCUGUCCGACAUGUGCAACCUGCUGGAGCUGGAGCUGCAACGGGUGCUGCACCACCACAAGGCCCACAACAAUUCGAACAGCAACAACAAACACUCGGUUCACCGCCGAUGGAAUAUGAUUACGGCUCGCAGCAGCAGCAGCAGCAGCAGCAGCCACAUCCCCGAUUCCCAGAUCGCAGCGCAAGUGGAGAUAGUUAUACCAGCCAAACACAACAAGAGCGGCAACAGCAACAGCAGAUGGCAUUUCGACAGCGGCAGGCAGCUGCCGCAGCCGGUGGACCUAUAUAA